GUCCUCUCAGGAAAAGUCGGACCGCCUCGCUGUUUCCAGGCAACAACAAAACACUGUCGUUGCUGGAUAGAUGUUUUUCAUAGGAUUUUAUCGUAAAUCUAAACCUAUUCAUAUGGUUCAAGAUAGUCCUAUACUAAUCCAUUUUUAUUAAAUUGCUCCAAUAAUCUGAAUCAGAUAAGCUAAGUGAAAAAUUAUCCACAUUAUCGAACUGCUGUCUAUUAGUCAGAAAGUAUAUUUAGUUUGGCUGAGAAAUCCAGUGAGGAUGAACUACAAAGACCUUAUCAACGAAGUCUCAAGGUUCCUGGACGAGUUUCAAGAAGAUAAACAAUUCAUUGACAAUUUUACGCAGGAUGCUGGCAAGGAUCUUAAGAAUUUUUCCUCUGCUGACCAGAAGUUUAUUAUUGAUACUUUAUAUGGAUGUAUCACGCACAAAAAGCUUUUGGAUGUUGUGGUCAACAUCUUUUACAUUCACCAUGGAAAAUUUUUAUUCAGAGUGGACCGAAACCUGUUCAUUGUUGUCUGUUAUCUUGCCAUGUUCCAUCUUGAUGAUCUUGGCCUGAAGCAUUUCAGUAGAAUUAUCAAAUCUCUAGACAUCUCAAAAAUGCACAAAUUCCUGAGCUUUUUCUUUAACGUCAGCAAUCUCACAACUCAUAUCCAGAGGGAAUGGAGUCACAUCUAUGAUGCUGCUGUCGUAGAUAACAACUGGAUCACGCCAUUGCUGAGAUGGUGCAACGAGAUUGAGGCGCUGCUGGAUCAGCUUGCCAAAAAAAUGGGCAGAGGAAGUCUGCCAAAAAAAUCUCCCAGGAAAAACACAGAACCCAGGGAAUUUGAUCUGACCCAGCCCAAAGCUCGACCACUCCCUGCUCCCGAAGUCAUUCCACAGCAGGAAAGUCAAGUCAAGUUCAAGCAGGUACCAGUCACCACUCACAAAUCUCCAAAGGAACCAGAGAUUCUGGAUGAGAUGAGGCAGAGGAACCGACAAGAAGCUUUGAAAGUCCUGAAUGAAGCAAACUCUCAGCAGUUCAGAUGUGCAAACCCACAGAAGUCUGAGAAAACUCAAAACGUAAUAUCCCAAAUUCUUCAAAGCCGUGAUUCAGAACUCAAAUUUGACCAGCUUUAUACUUCUGGAAGCCCUGCCACCCAAAAGACAAACAGCUUACCGGUCAGACUGAACACAACAGCCAUACUGCGAGAGGGAGCUUUAUAUAAUCGUCAACUGGAAGAAGCAUUACAAAGAUUCGAGCGAUUGUCACAGGGUGCAAGCGAGCCGUCCGCAUUCCUGCAGUGGCAAAAGGAGAUGAAAGAAAAGGAUCUACAGGAGGAACUAGCUGAACUGGAGCGGCGAAGACUGGAGGGACGGAUCAGCCAUGAAGAGGCGGUUCUUGCACGAGAACGCGUCUUGGAGCGUAACCACCAUAAAGCUCAGCAGACUAAAGAGGAGACUGCGCAGCUUAUGCGCAAGUAUGCAGAGAAACGUAUGAAGGAGGAGAAGGAAAUGAGAGAGCUUGUGCAACAAGUGGCCGAUGGUCACAAGAACUCUAAAGCCGCCAAAGAUAAGCUACAAGAAAUCAAACAACGGAUAGUUAAGGAAGUCUCAGAGCAGAGCAGAGAACUCCUCAGCCAGGCUCUGGAGGAAGCUCAGGCCGAGCUAAGCAGGAAGAUGGAGCUCAUCCGUCAGAUUCGUGCUUUUGAGUCAGUCUCUCUGGUCAGACAAAACUUUGUGGAUGACACUGAGACUGCAGGUCAUGAUUUGCUGUGUGAGAUGUCUCUGGCGGAGCUGCGGGAGCGUUUGGCACUCCUGAGAGAGACAGAACAAUGUGAGCUGGAGGACAGGAGACAGCGCAUCUUUCAGGAGAAACAACUCAAAGAGCAGCUACUACUAGAACAGCUGGACAAUAUCGCUCUACGCAGAAGUCUUGCAGAACAUGCUGCUUCACGCAGUCAAGAAGAGAAAAGGGUGAGAAGUGAACUGCGGGAAGCUGUCAGGAGAGAUGAGAGAGUGUUGGCCCUACAGAUGACCCUGGAGCAGAAACAACAGGAAAGACAUAAGAGAAAGACUGAAAAAAACAGUAUGAAGAAAAAUGAACAGGUGCUUCCACUCACAGUGAAGACCUCCCUCAACAAAAAGCAGCAGGUUCUUGAGGAACAGCACUGGCAGGAGUUGGAACGCAAUUUGGAACAACAGCACUUUGGCUGAACUGUGAAACAAUUCUGUCAAAGAAUGUACUUUGAUUUAAAGGGAUAGUUCACCCAAAAUUAAAAUUCUGUCAUCAUUUACUUGCUCUAAUACCGUUCAAUGAUAUUUUGAGAAAUGUCUCAGUGUUUCUAAAAUGGAAGUCAAUGGUCACCAAAACUGUUUGGUUACCGCUAUUUUUUAAAAUAUCUUCUUUUGUGUUUCACAGAGGGGAAAAAGCAUACGGGUUUAUAACAUGAGAGUGAGUGAGUAAAUUAUGUUUAUUAGAUUUCAUUUUUGGGUUUACUAUCCCAUUAUGUAAUUAUAAUUACACUAAUCAAGUCCUAAAUUCAAAUUGCAAACAAAUGUUUCUGAGACAAACAUGUUUGAAUUAUCCCUCAGUUUUUAAAAACAGAAAUUUUGUUUGUUUUUAGAAGCUAUGGGUUAAGUCACAAUUGAUUUUGUGAUAUUUGUUGCACGUUACAGAUGCCAUAAAGCUUAAAGGGGUCAUGACAUGGAUUUUUUUUAUUAUUAUUAUUUUAAUAUGUUCCUUGAGGUUCACUUAUAAUGUUAAUAAAGUUUUUUUUGCAUAAAAAACAAAUAUAUUAUUUAUAUAUGAUUAUUUUCAACUUUCAUUCUGACCCUCUGUCAGAAAUGAUCUGUUUUUAGAGGGUGGCUCCUUUAUGGCUUGUCAGUAAACGGCCACUGUUAUGACUGGCUAAUAUCAUUGCAUAAAAAACAGUAUCAACAGCCACUCACAUCAUUUACAGACAAAGCAUUAUGAAAUCAUUUACGGUUUGUGAUACAGCUGCUGUCAGAUUCAGUACAGUUACCUGCUUCAUCUGUCAACAAAAGCUUCUUUGCGAACUCUCCAUUACACUGUGCCUAGUUUACAAAAUAAAAUGCUCCGAACAAACAUGUAAUCCUCCAACGCAAUCCGGGACCUCGUAUAUGGCAAAAGAUCAAGGCAAAUUUGAUUUCUCAAGUCAUGACCCUUUUAACUUGUUCAAAGAGCUUAAAAUGGAACAUUUUAUUAAAUAAUUACCAGUCAGUAAAGAAAGAUCAUUCUUGGCUCUGUACAACUGGAGCAGUAGCACUUAUUCUCAUCUUUGGCAGAGUUGUGAAACAAUUCGCUGAAUAAUAGUAUAGCUACUUUAAGUAAUUACCAAAGUCCUGACAUCAUUGUUAUAUUAAUAUACAAGAAAUACUGACAUACAGUAUGACAUUUGAAAUAUAAUUUCAUGUAUGAUGAGGGUAGUGUCUAUAAAACCAACAGAUUUGAGGAACAGGGUAGUGCUUUUGGUGCAUUGUUUAUAGAUUGUAGGGGUCGAUGCACGUAUUUGGGUAGACCCUUCAUUUGACUUUGACUUCACAGAACUUUGACUUCACAGUAUUCAAAACUGACAAUGUUUAGUAAAUAUUAGUAUGUAGUGUGUCAGAUGCAGGGUAGAUCUUACCCACAGCACCUUAGUCUUCAUAUGAAACCAGUCUGUUUUGGGGGGAAAAGCCAAAUGAGGGCAUUUGCUAACAUUUCAGCUCAGGCUACUUGUUCUGUUCAGUUUAAGCUCUGAUGUUUUUCCCAUAUUGUUGUACCAGCUGCAUGUGACCAGCUAAAUAGGACCUCUCAGCUUCAUUUGUGAGACCUUUACCUUAUAAAUAUACAAAAAAAUUAUAAUAAUGGCACUUGGAUAUUGAGUUCAGAAGAUGAAAGUAUAAAAACAGCUUCUUAUUUCAAAGGUGCACUAUGUAAUAUUGACAGUGGAGAGAGUUGUUUGCCCCGCUCCCGGGUUGCCAGAUUGAGGAUACGCAACAAAAACGAGGGUAAUUGACAAUGAAAAGUGACAAGCCUUACAGUAUAACUUGAUUAGAUAAUGUAAAUGUUUGAAAUGUUGUCGGGUAUAAAUUGCGAUCUCUGACCCAGUUUGUUUGAUGGCUUCCAUCGCUGUGUUUUCCACCACUUGGCAACCCGGGGUGUCAAAAUACUAUUGGGUAAAUCACACAGACCAAAACACUGAAGGCACAUUUCAAUGUAGAAAAACCGGCUGUAGCAUUGUUUUUCUGAGAAACAAGUAUGUUUCCUACAUCUCUGCAAACAUAUUAUGAUAUUUUUAUACUUAAGUACUGUCAAACUAAUUACAUAGAGCACCUUUAACCUCGCUUUGUGAUGUUUUGUUCAGUGGUGGCAAUGUCAUCCACUUCAUUGUUUGCUCAGUUCUGACACUGUGAUUAUUAGAAUCUUAUUUUGUCUUUUGUGGUUCCUUCAAGAUUUUGUAUCACUUGAAAUGUUGUGUUUACUUAGAAGGAGAACUGAAAUACUGUAGUGCUGUUGUUUGAGCAUGAGGUAGUUCACAUCCAUCAGUAUUUUAUUGUGAGCAUGCUUUAAUGCUUUAUCCAGUAGCUUGUGCAAUAUGUGAAAAUAUUUUCAUGAUGAAGGAAAAGAAACGGUAUACUGUACAGAAGAAAUUUUGAGGACACUAGGGUCAAACAAGACAAAGCAGGGCUCAACCAAAUUCACUUGUGUUUAUUUAUUUAUUCUUAUUUUUUAUUUUCCCAAUUAUCUGCAUUAUAAAUGUGAUCUGAGAUAGUGUUCCAACAAUGUUUUUGUAUAUUAUUAGUCCCAACUAAUAUGGAUACCGAGCACAAUGUCCAAAACACUGGUUCACACCAUCAUUUUUAAGAAUUGACAAUAUUUUUGCACUGACUGAAUACAUAAAUAUGGAUGAUGCUAAAAAUAAGAUUAAUAUUAGUAUAGCAUUAGUAUAUACUGUAUAUAUUGUAAUAUAUAUAUAUACAGGUGCUGGUC